AUGAUUAUUAUUAAUCUACUCUUUCUUUUUAUCGGGUUUUGUCUCUCUGAAGAAUGUUCAAUAGAUUCAAAUAAUUAUGAAGUUAAAGAUAGUUGUACUUCACUUUCUUUUGAUGAUAGUAAAAUAACUGGUGAAAUUAAAGUUAAUCUUGGAAAUGGAAAUACUGAUAUUGAUAGUUUUACUAUUGGUUCAUGUACAAAACUCACAUUAACAGGAACAAGAACAAUUAAGACUCUUAAAUUAUCAAAAGACUGUUCAUUAUUUAUUGAAACUGAAAUAAAAGUUGAUAAAGUUGAAGUACCAGAAGAAAUGGGGACAAAAGUCCUUUAUUAUGCUAAACAUGAAAGUAGUAUUCCUUCAGAUCUUUCAAAGAAACAAUGUGAUUAUUAUAGAGUAUACAAAACAGCUGAACAAUCAGAGUCUGACAAAUGUAAUUGUACAAGAACAAAUAAUAAAUAUUCAGAAAUUGAUUGUGAUUCUAUUACCAAUUAUUCUAAAAUGAAUCUUGUUGAUGAUUGUUCUAGUUCUACACUUACUAUUAAUCAGAAUUGGAAAACUGUUCAACCAACAAAAGAAUGCACAGUAACUUUAUCAAAUAGUAUUAGCUCAAUUAAAUUAAAACAACAAAAAGACGUUGUUGUAACUGUUAAAGAAGAAGACACAAAACAAGAGAAUGCUAUUAUUAAGGCUGGUUUAAGAAAACAAAAUUCAGAUUCACCAAAAAGUAUGACAAUAGAAAUGGAUAGUUCUGUUACGAUUUCAUUUAUUAAA